AUGCCAGCCUUAGCGUAUUACGCUGUUGCCUUAUGUUGCACCUUCGCUGGGGCGCGUCAGGUAAAUGGAGUUCCUGGCUCUCUACAACAUUUAUAUGAGCCAAUGCAGACGGACCCUACUAAAUGGGCUUGUCUUGGUGAUCCUUCCAUUGUUCUAAACUAUACUCAAAUCAAUGAUGACUUUUGUGACUGUCCAGACGGAUCUGAUGAACCUGGGACUAGUGCAUGCGGCGCAUUGUCCCGCUACUAUUGUGAGAACAAGGGAUUUGCACCCAAGUUCGUUGCCGGGUUCAAGGUCAACGAUGGUGUCUGCGAUUGUUGCGACUGUUCUGACGAGAAUGAAAACAUCAGAAGCGCCCUGAGCAGUGAUAACUGCUCACAACUUCGAGCCCAGUUCGAGAGAGCCUUGAAAGAAGAACUGAACGAACAAGAACUCGGUUCGCAGGCCCUAAAGAUGCUGGAGCGUGAAUACGGCAUAUAUGCAGAAGAAACGCCUCUUGAAGACAAAAAGGGAGCUCUUCGAAAGGCGAAGUCUGAAACGGGGGAAUCUAAGGAGGCUCUAGAAGCUUGUGUCAAUGAGUUAGCUCAGGCUAAAGAAACGUACAAGGACACGUUGCAAAGGGAGAACCCUCUGCUUUUACAGUUAGAGGAGAUAGAUCUUCAAUACGUCACUUCUGUUAUUCACUCGCUUUUCGCGAAGGCAGAAUCAACAUCUAGAGCCCGUGAAGCCCUUGUUAAAAUACUUGAUGAUCUUCGCAAUGGAUACAACAAAAACUUGAAUGAUGAAGUAGUGAACCGGAAUGUCAAGACGUAUACCGAUUACGCCCCUACUGAGCAUGAGGAGCUCAACUCAAGCCCUAGUCUUGAUAGAACACAGCGCGAACAAAUCAACGCCUAUCUUAACGAAGAGCUUCCUGACAUGUUCCUAAGAGGGUCGACUCAUAUCCCGCCAGCAGCAAUAGUGGGCAAAUUUUCUAUGGCGAGAACUCUGAUCAAAGUUCGCGCUAAACAACAGAAAAAGGACAAGGAGACUCUUGAAUUCUUCACUAAGAUUAUGGACGAUGUCUCGCAGAAUUACAAUGUUAACUUCCAAGACUCUAGCGUCAAAGCAUCUGUCAUAUCUUACAGAGAUUUUUUAGCUAAAAACCCGCACUUAUUUGAACCUCUCGACAUACCCAGUGAGUUUACCGAGAAAAUGAACACACUUGAAGAGCUUUUGAACGAUGUAUCUACCAAGAUUCUCACGCCCUCGGCUCAGUCACAAGGCUUUCUAGGAGUCAGUUUUGACGAUUUGGCUCAAAAACUGCGCAGCUUUUUUGGAGAUCAGACUAACAGUUUGGAACAACUCAAGUCUGCUAUUGUCUCAUUAGAACAAAAGUGCUCUACUUUAAGAACUGAGUACAGGUCACAAUUGCAGAACUUCAAGCUUCUCGAAUCACAAGUCAUUGAAAAUGAUUCGUCCUCGAACAGUGUUAACUCUGAGACUUUCAAAGCAAUGGAUGAACUUCUUAGCAAACUGUCACCAAGCUGCGUGGAACAGAAAAUUGACAACUACAUAUACCAGAUCUGUUUGAACCAAGAAGAUGGGGUGGUUUUUCAAAGAGAGGAUAAGCCAGCUGGAAAUAGCGUGCUUAUUGGGCGGUUUGCUGGGUUUAGUUUCGAUGCCAAAUCUACCUGGGAUCGCUACAUGGAUGACCUAAGAAUCAAAUAUUCCGAGUCCGAUCUCGUUUCGCAUUUAGAGAGCGAUCUCGACAACUUCCAUACAGAAUGGCUUGUAGGAAAUUUGCCGGAAAAGAACAGUGGUCUGGUGGUUGACUACAAACAGGGCGAUCGCUGCUGGAACGGGCCUUCCAGAUCCGCUCGGUUAUAUUUUGAGUGUUCUGACGAUUUUAAGCUCAAAAGUGUCCAAGAACCCACCAGGUGUCACUAUGCCUUCCACCUGAGCGGGCCACUUGGUUGUUCAACUGACUUUGCAUAUGCGGCACCUGACUGGUUUUAG